UUGGAAAUCAGCAGGCACACUGUCGUCAAAACAUUUGGCAGCCGGCUUUUGUAAAAAAAUAUACUUCAAGGAUUGCAGAUAUUUCCGCAAGGGAGUGGCCGAAUAAUCCUGGACUAAGUACGACAUAAACUUACAAUAAAAGUAUUGUUGAAUUGUUUUUGAAAUGACGGCAUUUGAGGAAUUUGGUGUGCUUCCGGAGCUCGGAAAGGCCACGGAUGAGUUGGACUGGACAUUGCCCACCGAUGUCCAGGCGGAGGCCAUUCCCCUGAUCCUUGGGGGCGGUGAUGUACUGAUGGCUGCCGAGACAGGGUCUGGUAAAACUGGAGCUUUCUGCCUGCCCAUCCUCCAGAUAGUCUGGGAAACGUUGCGAGAUCUCGAAGAGGGAAAAUCCGGGAAGAGCAGUGCCGGAGGUUCGGCUGGGGCGGUAGCUCCAUGGACAAUGUCCUUCUUCGACAGAGGAAAUGCGCUCGCUGUAACCCCAGAUGGGCUGCGUUGCCAGUCGCGUGAGUUCAAGGAAUGGCACGGCUGCCGCGCCACCACAGGCGUCCACGGAAAGGGACGAUUCUAUUUUGAGGCCAUUGUUACGGACGAGGGUCUCUGCCGUGUAGGCUGGUCCACGCAGCAGGCAAACCUGGAUCUGGGUACUUGUCGCUUUGGCUUCGGGUUCGGAGGCACGGGUAAAAAGUCCAACAAUAGACAGUUUGACGAUUACGGCGAGAGCUUUGGCAAAGCUGAUGUUAUAGGCUGUCUACUGGACUUGCAACGCCUAGAAGUAAGCUUCACCAAGAACGGACAAAGCCUGGGAGUUGCUUUUCGUGUGCCAGAGAAUCUUGCCAAGGAAACGUUUUAUCCCGCUGUUGUGCUCAAGAACGCCGAAAUGCAGUUUAAUUUCGGGAAAACCGACUUUAAGUACGCUCCGGCAGGUGGAUUUGUGGCUGUCUGCAAAGCGGGAGCGGAGCACAUUCGUUCUAAUCCCCUGGCUAGUCCGUCUUCUAGCUCUUUAAAUGCCAGGCCGGCCCCUAACGCACCCCAGGCCAUUAUAAUCGAGCCCAGCCGGGAGCUGGCCGAGCAGACCUUUAACCAGAUCGAAAAGUUUAAGUACCAUCUGAGCAACCCAGAAGUGCGGUCGUUGCUACUAAUUGGUGGCGUGCGACUGGAGGAGCAGAAGACUGAGCUAUCGAAGGGAAUUCAUAUUGUGGUGGGCACUCCCGGAAGACUAGAAGAGCUGAUCAAUAGUGGCCUAGUGCUGCUGACACACUGCCGAUUCUUCGUUCUGGAUGAGGCAGACGCACUGCUUAAACAAGGCUACACCGAAUUGAUCGACCGCCUCCACAAGCAGAUACCAAAGAUUACGGCGGACGGCCGACGACUGCAAAUGAUCGUUUGUUCUGCCACGCUGCAUGCCUUCGAGGUAAAAAAGAUGGCCGAACGGCUGAUGCACUUCCCCACAUGGGUGGAUUUGAAAGGGGAGGAUGCCGUGCCAGAGACGGUCCACCACGUUGUCUGCAUGGUCGACCCACAUGCAGAUUCCAGUUGGCAAUCUUUACGCCAAGCCAUUCGAACCGACGGGGUGCACGAUAGGGACAACGUCCACCCCAGCAACCACUCGCAGGAGACGUUCUCGCAGGCGGUGAAACUUCUCAAAGGCGAGUACUGCGUCUAUGCCAUAGAGAAGCACCGCAUGGACCGAGCAAUCAUCUUCUGCCGCACAAAGCAGGACUGCGACCAUCUGGAGCAGUAUUUAAAACAGCGUGGGGGUCAGCGCUUCUCCUGCGUCUGCCUUCACGGUGAUCGCAAGCCGCAGGAGCGCAAGCAGAAUCUAGAAAUGUUCAAGCGGCAGCAGGUCAAGUACCUAAUCUGCACGGACGUGGCAGCCCGAGGACUGGACAUUACCGGAUUACCCUUCAUGAUUAACGUGACGCUGCCCGACGACAAGGCCAACUAUGUGCACCGCAUCGGACGAGUGGGUAGGGCCGAGCGCAUGGGACUGGCCAUCAGCCUCGUGGCCACCGUGCCGGAAAAGGUGUGGUACCACGGAGAGUGGUGCAAGUCCCGCGGCCGCAACUGCAGCAACACCAACCUGACCGAUGUGCGAGGCUGCUGCAUAUGGUACAAUGAGCCGAAUCUGCUGGCCGAAGUGGAGGACCACCUGAACAUCACUAUCCAGCAGGUCGACCGCGCCAUGGAGGUACCCGUGAAUGACUUCGACGGCAAGGUGGUUUAUGGCCAGAAGAACCUCAACACAGGCAGCGGAUACGCCGAUCACGUGGAGCAGCUGGUGCCCACCGUUCGAAAACUAACCGAUCUGGAGCUGCAAUCACAAUCUUUAUUUUUAAAACGCCUUAAGGUCUAGUCGGGAAUUCGUCUGGAGAUGGAGCUGCCUUAAAAUGAGCCAGUUGGCGGGGAAUACUUCUGUGGCAAACACACACGACAUCUAGGCAGGAAAUCCGAGCAGUGGCUUCGGAGAACACACGAUAUAGCAUUACAAGUAAACAUUUAAUUAAAUUAA